GCAUGGAUGUGGGUGCAGGGUCUGGGCAUACUCUGGAAUAAGAGUCUGCUGUUACUGCUUGGUCUCAAAGUCCUGGAACUGAGAUCCUGGCUCUCCUGCAAUGAAUGACCCCAGCACCAUCGAAACGAACGAGGAAAUCGAGAUCGCCUAUCCCAUCACCUGCGGGGAGAGCAAAGCCAUCCUGCUCUGGAAGAAGUUCGUCUGUCCGGGAAUUAAUGUCAAGUGUGUAAAGUUCAAUGACCAACUGAUCAGCCCGAAGCAUUUUGUUCACCUGGCCGGGAAGUCUACCCUAAAGGACUGGAAGAGAGCCAUUCGCCUCGGAGGAAUCAUGCUGAGGAAGAUGAUGGACUCGGGGCAAAUCGACUUCUACCAGCAUGACAAAGUUUGCACCAACACCUGUCGAAGCACCAAGUUUGAUCUCCUGAUCAGCAGCGCCAGAGCACCGGUGCCGGGGCAGCAGAGCGUGGUCCAGACUCCUACGUCAGCUGACGGGAGCAUCACCCAGAUCGCGCUGUCGGAGGAGAGCAUGGAGGAGGGGAUCGAGUGGAACUCGGCUCUGACGGCUGCCGUCACCAUGGCCACUGAGGAAGGCAUGAAAAAGGACACGGAUGAGAUCUCGGAGGACACGCUGAUGUUCUGGAAAGGAAUAGCUGAUGUGGGGCUGAUGGAAGAGGUCGUGUGCAACAUCCAGAAGGAGAUAGAAGAAGUCCUACGAGGCGUCCAGCAGAGGUUGGGUCAGUCUCCCUUCCAGAUGACGGAUGCUGCAGUCUUGAACAACGUCGCCCACACAUUUGGCCUAAUGGACACAGUCAAGAAGGUUCUGGACAACAGGAAAAACCAGACAGAGCAAGGAGAGGAACAAUUUCUUUACACCCUGGCAGACCUGGAGCGGCAGCUGGAAGAGCAGAAGAAACUUGCCAAGGACCAGAAGGCGAAGUCCCAAACCAUCCAGAACGUGGUGCUGAUGCCCGUCAGCGCUCCCAAGCCCCCCAAGAGACCCCGCCUGCAGCGCCCAGCCUCUGCCACCGUCCUCAGCCCCUCCACCCCCAUCCAGCAGCCUCAGUUCACGGUCAUCUCGCCCAUCGCUAUCGCGCCCGUCGGACAACAGUUCUCCGUGGGCAACAUCCCGGUGGCAACCAUCAGCCAAGGCUCCAGCCCGGUGACUGUUCAUACCUUGCCGUCUGGCUCCCAGCUCUUCCGAUACGCCACCGUGGUGUCCUCCUCCAAGACCAGCUCCUCCGACACGGUCACCCUCCACCCGUCCUCCAGCCUGGCGCUGCUGAGCUCGGCGGCCAUGCAGGACAGCGGUGCCCUGGCGAACGUGGCGGCCGUGGUCAACCCCGUGGAACUGGUGGCCAUGGAGUCCGGCCUCACUUCCACCAUCCAAGCCGUGGAAGGCACCUCGGACGACGGGCAGACCAUCAUAGAGAUCGACCCGGCGCCGGAUCCCGAGGCGGACACGGACGAGUCGGAGGGCAAAGCUGUGAUCCUGGAGACGGAGCUGAGGACUGAGGAGAAAGUGGUGGGAGAUGUGGAGGACCAUCAGCACCAGGUCCAUAACGUGGAGAUUGUGGUCUUGGAGGACUAGUGGGGAAGGCAAG